AUGUCACACCUGUCCACCUUCCUCCAACUUGUUUUGUUCUUCCGCCUCAUCGAGGGAUCUAUAUUCCGCCUCUGCCUGCUGGCGGAGGGAUCCAUUCUCCAACCUGGGCGACGCAGGCCGACUGUUUUGACGAAUGUGAUGGAAAGCGACAAACAGACGACUGAGAGAGAGACGCCGCCUCAGCUCUGGAGAAGUUGCAAGUUGAUUAUUGAUCCCGCACUGACGAAAGGACUGUACAAAGUGUACCGUUAUGAUGGACAAUGCUUCAACAUACCCGUGGAGGACUUAGGUCUAUUUCCUGUGGAUACAGUCAGAGAUCCGCGCAUCUGCCGCCUCUGGAGCAAAUACAACAAGACUGACCUGUUGGUUGCUAAAUUUAAGGUGGAUGAAUGGUACGUUGGCCCUGUUCCUCCCAAAGAAGUGACUUUUUCCAGGUUGAAUGACAAUGUAAAGGAGGCCUUCUUGACUAAUAUGUGCAAAAAAUAUGGCAACGUUGAAGAAGUGGAAAUAUUUUACAACCCAAAGAACAAGAAGCAUUUAGGAGUCGCAAAGGUGGUCUUCGACACGGUGAGGGCCGCAAAAGACGCCGUUCAGCACCUCCAUCUGACGUCAGUGAUGGGAAAUAUCAUUCACGUGGAAGUUGAUCCUAAAGGUGAAAACAGGGCGCGAUACCUGCAGCUGCUCCUGCGUGGUCCUUACACGCCGUGGACGUUGCCGGUGGGCAGCAGUGAGGAAGCUCUUCAAAGCUUAAUCGACAGUAUGCUGAGCAGCGCAGCCUCUCAGCGACCGGCGAGCAUCUCCAGCCCCACCAGCAUCGCCACGCCGCUCUCUCUGGACACAGCCUACUCCAGUAUUUGGCAGGAUACACCUUGCAGCUUCGGGCUCACACCACGUUCUCAGGGAACCCCCCGCACUCCUUGUUUGUCUGCGACUCCUCUCUCCCAGGACUCUUGCUACUCCAGUCUUCAGGCGACUCCGGUCCUCCAGGGGGAGCCCUCCACUUAUAGUGUUCCCAAACCUGUAAGACGAGAGCUCUGCCACCGCAAACCGGCGAGGCAUCACAGGGGAUCCGGCGAAGAUGUCAGCUUGGUUUUGAAGCAUUGCCAACCACAGCCACCGCAACCCCUCUCUGCCCAAGUCCAAACCAGCAGCCAGCAGCUUGCACUGUGGGGUCACAAUGCACAAUCCUCUACGCACAGUAACACAGAGCCUUCCUCUAACCUUGCCUCCCCCGGCCAGGAGUCCGAGGCUUUGCAUCUGAACUGCCACUCUUUCAGCAUCCUGAGCAUCAAUUUCACAGCUGACCGGCAGACAGCGGCGUCCUCCCCACCUGACGACCACGCAUGCAUAACAGAGCUCCCUCCACCUGCUGUGAACUGUCCCACCUGCAGCCCCCAGCCGGGGGUGGAGAGUUUGGACUCCCGCAUUGAGAGUUUGCUGAUAAACAGCCAGAGUGCAGACCCCUCAUACUUUGAUAGAGAGACUCUGGAGGCGGAUGUGCACUCUCACGACAGCCCAGCUUCACCCUGCUCAGCUAACACCUCCCCUCUCUCGGACGACUCACUCGCUUGCACUCCGGCUUCUCGUGGCGCCUUCGCAACCAGCCGCCGCCGCUCCUACAGUGAUCAGGUGGAUGUCAGUCCGACGUGGCUCAUUGAAGAUGAAGAGGAUGAAACCGCUCAAGCUGUUUCGUUUCUUACGAGAAGCUCCCGGUCUCCCGCUCCAUCUGAUUUCACACAUUUUGAAAGGAGGACUCACGUGAACAGUGAAAAAGAUGCAGAAAUGUUCCCGUCAUUAUCUCGUCCAGAGGAUCAUCGUGCAGCGAAUGAGGAUAAGGAAUGCUCAAAUAACAGACCGUCUGGAGCUUUGACACCCUCAGAAGAGAUCUCCUCUCAUCCUCAGCCUCCAUCCUUUCCCUCUCUCAGUAGCACCACCCAAACCUCCAAAGCUCCUUCUGUCAUUAGGCCCGCAUGCCCCCAUCCAGUCACCCCUCUCCCUUUCCCCAUUCCUCCCUUUCCCCCGUCUGUUCCACCUCUCCCACCUCGCCUGCCAAAUGGCACCAUUCCCAUCCCACCUCCAGGCUGGAUCCCACCUCUGGGCCAUCAUGCCAGCAUCCACAUUCCUCCUCCCCCUAUUCCACCUCCUCCUUCUAUUCCACCCCCACCAACUUUUCUCAGACCCCCUCCAUCUUUGAUGGUGCCACCUCCUGUGCAUACGUACCCCUUACCCAUGCAGCCUGCAGGUCCUUUAGAUAAGGGGACUCCUCCAAGGCCCGGCAGUGCACCUGCACCUUUCCCUCGACCACCCUGGCCCGCUCCACCUUUUCCCAUGUUUAACCCCUUCGUGCCACCACCAGACUACCUGCUCGUGAGGGAGAACCCUCACAAGGUCACAAUAGAGAAGGUUUUAGAAGUCAUCGUGGAUGAAUUGAAGUCAAUCAUUAAGAAGGACAUUACACGUAGAAUGAUUGAAGGGAUCGCUUUCAAGGCAUUUGAGGACUGGUGGGACUCUGAAGAGAGGAAAAUAAAGAUACAAGUUUCUCCUUUGAAAAGUGGAGCGACAAGUGUCCAAGAGAGGAACAAACUAAGAAAUCCCCUCAGUCACAUCCCAGGACAGGGCAAAAAGCCUCCACUGCCGUCCUUCAAGGUGAAAAGGAAAAGAGCCGAUGAUGCUGCUGCAUCAGAAGAGAUAAAAAACACGUCAGGUCCUGCUCAGGAAAGUGCUGAUGUGAAACAGGGGGACGACGUAUUAAGACCUGCAUUAGAGAGAGCCAAACGCAGACAUGCAAGACCACAUCAGCUUGACAGUGAUGACGAUGAUGAUGAUGAAGGGAAAGAAGAAAACGCACUUCAAGAGGAAGAAACCGGAUCAGACAAAGUGGAGGCUGUUGAUGAUGAUCCUCAAAUCCUGUCUGGCAGAGAUGAUCGUGAUGAUGGUGAUAAUCAUCCAGAGGAUGAAGAUGCUUUCAUCCUCCAAACUGGUGCUGGCGUGCAGUGCUUCGAUGGCGAGACUUUCUCAGAGAGCAGCUCCUCAGAGGACGGCGAGUAUUCGUCAGACUUCGACUCCUCUGACUCGUUCGCCUCGGACAGCUUCGAGGACUCGUCCUACUCCGACCUCAGUCCUGAGGAUGAAGACAUGGAGGAGGACGGCGAGGAUGACACCAGCGCCGAGUGCAUAGUCAUAUCGUCAGAUGAAGAGUCGAUGGAGCUCGAGCCCCCCGCCACCCCCUCAGCUCCGCUAACCCCUGGCGCUCAGCUGGAGCUGGGCCUGCAGGACUGGUCAGCUCCUUCGCAUGCAGAAGAAACCAAGGAGAACCAGUGCACCUCCUGUCAGCAAGACUCCUGUGACUUCAAUGCCGUGAUGGAGCUCAAAACCAGCGAAGCCCAGGACCACCCACUGCUCCUGUCCCCUCUAGGACGUCCAGCAGUGGAGCCACACCUCGAUGUAGAGAUGGAGAGCCCUGAAUGGACGGUGCAGUCUCUGGAGAACAUAGAAAACCUGCGUCCUCUCACUCCUACUGGCUGCUUGGUGGACAGUGACCCGGACCCUGAACCAACAUCCCCAGCCGUGGAGGAGGUGGAACGACCUCAAACACCUGGCAGGGGCAUAGUGGCUGACCUGGACAGUGAGGAUGAAGUCCUCGUCCUGUCCCCAGCAAGCACUGAGCUUGUUCUGGCUCCCUCUGGUCCCCCGGCCUCAUCGUACCAGAAUAUGCCCAAAACUCCUGGUAGAGAUGAUCGAAGUGGAUGGACCCAGUGCAGCUCUGGGAGACCUCCAUUGACACCAGGCCGAGAGACGGCCGUGUCAGAAGGUAGCAUAUUGAUGUUCCCAACUCUCAGCAGCCCGCCUCCUGCGCCAUGCCUGUCUAACAAUCCAUAUAUCACAGCCCCAAAGACUCCUGGAAGAGACAUCAUCCUGCCCCGAAGAGCCAUAGUCCACAGGAGGAAAGCACAAAUAGUGGCCACCUCACCGCCUUUGUUAGGUGACUCUCCCUUCUCAGAGUCCUCCCCAUGCAGCCUCUCUGAGCCUUCGCCUGACUCUGCUGAUGGGAGGUGCAUGUGGAUCAUUUCAGGUGUGAGGAUGAAGCCCCUGCAGGGACUGGAGAACAUGCCUGGGCUUCUGGAUGAGGACAACAGGAGAGAGACGGAGAAAUCCUUACUGAGCAGGAAACAGCUAAAGAGGAGGUGGAGAAUUCGUCAGCGGCAGAGGUCACUGAAGAGAAUCUCUGGUCCUCUCUCCUCUCACAGUCCUCCUCGCCGGUGGCGCUCACUCUGCGAGGAGAGGAGGAUACUUCACAGGGUCUGGAAAGAGGGCCUGGAUGAAGAAGACGCAGGGCUGCUGAAGUGCACGUAUGACAGGCUGCAAGAGCAGGAUAACGGCUGUGGGUGGAUCAGUGACACACUGUGGACACCCCACCCUCUGACUAAAAUCCCCACAGAGAAGGUUGACGAACACAAACCCUGGCAGCUGCACCACAGGAGCGGCUCGGCUCGCAGCGAAGGUUUCUACAAAAUCAGCAGGAAGGAUAAACUGAAGUACCUCAACAGCACAAAGCUGACCACAGAGCUUCCGUCUACGAGCGCUCAGGGAAUGUGCAUCCCAGCCCAGCAGCAGACCUCCCUGCGCGCUGGAUCGGACUUCCGGUCUGAACAGCGCCGCCUGCUGUCCUCUUUCAGCUGUGACAGUGACCUGGUCAAGUUCAACCAGCUGAAGUUCCGCAAGAAGAGGAUCCGUUUCAGCCGGAGUCACAUUCAUGAGUGGGGCCUGUUUGCGAUGGAGCCUAUAGCAGCAGAUGAGAUGGUGAUUGAGUAUGUGGGCCAGAUCAUCAGACAGGUCAUCGCUGACAUGAGGGAGCAGAGGUACGAGGAGGAGGGGAUUGGAAGCAGCUAUUUGUUCCGGGUUGAUCAGGACACCAUCAUUGAUGCUACUAAAUGUGGGAACUUAGCCAGAUUCAUCAACCACAGCUGCAAUCCGAACUGCUAUGCAAAGAUCAUCACUGUGGAGUCUCAGAAGAAGAUAGUGAUAUACUCCCGGCAGCCGAUAAGCAUCAAUGAAGAGAUCACGUACGACUACAAGUUUCCCAUUGAGGAGACAAAGAUUCCUUGUUUGUGUGGAGCAGACGGCUGCCGCGGCUCCUUGAACUGAGCUCGAACGACGUGUCCCCAUUAUGUCAAGAGCCAGAGUUGCCUGAGGAACUGUACGAUAUAAACACAGACCCUGAAUAUGUGUCAAAAAGUUUUAAUGCUAUUUAAAACUGUACAGCGAGUAACUGUCGAGAGGCCAUACAGGAGCUCCUAAAAGCACUGCAGACGAUCGUCAGCGCUGCUCAGUGAAUGAUGGGCCAAUGAAAUGGACCAAGCACUUAGAACUUUAAUCUGUUAAUGGAGGCUUGGCAUUGAGUUGUGAUGUGCCACCUGCAAGCACAGGUGAAAACAGAAUCCUGAUUCUUUGCUAGCAACACUUGCUAACGUCUGUCCCACCUCUGUUACAAUGAAAUAUCUGCCGACCUCAUCGUCCAAAUGAUAACAGAAGUGUACAGUUAAAUGUUUUCGUUUAUGAGAGCUUAAAUGGUGUUUUGCUUGAGUCA